AUGAAAGCCUACAUCAAGUAUCCGGAGGAGACUAACACUUCAAAACGUCAAUUCUACCAAUUUCCUGAGCCAGAUUCUUUGAAAGAUGAAUUGAUGGAUGAGGAUUUAACUACAUAUCGCAACUAUUUACAAUCAUUGCACGAUAACAUGGUGGAGCGAUUUCAAGAUGUUAUUGCGCAGAAUAUUCCAAAUUGGUAUAGGAAUCCGUUUGAGGUCGAUACAGUCGAUUGCGUGGAUGAUGUUCAGGAGGAAUUGAUAGAAUUACAAAAUGACAAUGACGCCACAGUGCGAUAUCGCCAUAUUGGCAAAGAAGGUUUGUGGUGCCAUCAGAGUAUAUUGAAUUCCUACCACAAUCCGUGGAAACAUCUUAAAUUACUUUUGCUUGCCUUCCCUGCCUCAUACCUGGUUGAAUCUGGUUUUAGCCAUGUUGAAACUUUAUUUUCCUAUAAAAGUAUUGGACUGGAUAUGAUACAACGAGAAGACUUGCGGCUAAAGUUGGCAAGUUUGAAAGCCAAUGUAUCUGCACUAGCUGCAUCGCACCAGAUACACAGUUCUCAUUAA